GGGAAGGCAGGGGUGCUCUGCUGUCCUCUGCUGUUGGCUGGUGCUCAGAGAAGCGCUCGUGCUGCAGUUCCUACAAGACCCAAUCAAACGGAACGCUAAGCACGGCACAAACAGGACGAUGGGGGAGCGCAGCGCGAGCAAAUUGCGGAUUAUUGGGUCGGUAUUUGUCAGCCUAUAUUAAAAACAGGUGAAACGAAAGAGAGGGAUGAUGAAGAUGAUGAAGAUGAUGAAGAAGACGAUACGCCAGGGAUCGAGCGCGAGACCGUUGAUCGCUCUCCUCAGAUGCUGAUGAUGGUCGCGCGACCUGCGUGAUUUCCUCCCGCUGGAGCUUCCUGGUUCCUUUGCAUCACCUUAUCUGAGUCCCAGCCAACCUGACAGAAUGAUUGAAGAGGGGAGUAAAAGCAGCAAGUCCAUGGUGGAGAAGAGACAGCUCUUCAUGGAGAUGAGGGCACAAAACUUUGAUGUUAUUCGCCUCUCAACGUAUAGGACGGCAUGUAAGCUACGAUUUGUUCAGAAACGAUGCAACCUUCAUCUAGUGGACGUGUGGAACAUGAUCGAAGCUUUCCGUGACAAUGGGCUGAGCACGUUAGACCACAACGCGGAGAUUAAUGUGUCACGUCUGGAGACCAUUUUGUCUUCCAUCUUCUACCAGCUCAACAAGCGGCUGCCCACCACCCACCAGAUAAACGUGGACCAGUCCAUCGGCUUGCUGCUAAACUUCAUCGUGGCCACUUAUGACAGUGAAGGCCAUGGGAAGCUCACAGUGUUUGCUAUGAAGGCAAUGCUAGCUACGAUGUGUGGCGGUAAAAUACUGGACAAAUUACGUUACAUAUUUUCCCAGAUAUCAGACUCAAAUGGGGUGAUGGCCUUUGCCAAAUUUGACCAGUUCCUGAGGGAAGUGUUGAAGCUCCCCACGGCGGUGUUCGAGGGGCCGUCCUUUGGCUACACCGAGCACUAUACGAGAACAUGCUUUCCUCAGCAGAAGAAGAUCUUGCUGAAUACGUUUUUGGAUGUGUUGAUGGCUGAUCCACCCCCGCAGUGCCUCGUAUGGCUACCUCUCAUGCACCGACUUGCUAAUGUAGAGAAUGUCUUCCAUCCAGUGGAGUGCUCGUAUUGCCGGAGCGAGAGCAUGAUGGGUUUCCGCUACCGCUGCCAGCAGUGCCACGGCUACCAGCUUUGUCAGAGCUGCUUCUGGCGGGGUCAUGCCAGCGGCCCCCACAGCAACCAGCACCAGAUGAAGGAGCACUCCUCAUGGAAGUCUCCUGCAAAGAAGCUCAGCCAUGCCAUCAGUAAAUCCCUGGGCUGCAUGCCGAUGGGAGAGCCGCCUCACCCUGUGUUCCCAGAGGCAGCGGAAAGACCUCAGGACCUCGCACACACCACUCAGCUGAGGCCAGUGGCCAACGCCAUGAACGAUACCGUUCUCAUUUCCUCCGGGGCGCCCACACCUUCGAAAAGCACCCUUGAGAGUCCCAGCAGACUGGAUGAAGAGCAUCGUCUGAUCGCGCGCUACGCUGCUCGUCUGGCAGCAGAGGCCAGCAACUCCACUCAAUGCCCUCCAUCUGAUCUGAGUUUCAACUUUGAUGCUAAUAAGCAACAGAGGCAGCUCAUCGCAGAACUAGAGAAUAAAAACAGGGAGAUACUGCAGGAAAUUCAGCGUCUGCGUCUGGAACAUGAACAGGCUUCUCAACCCACUCCAGAGAAAGCCCAGCAGAACCCCACUCUACUGGCAGAGCUACGACUGCUGCGGCACAGAAAAGACGAGUUGGAGAGGCGCAUGUCGGCCCUUCAGGAGAGCAGGAGGGAACUGAUGGUCCAGCUGGAAGGUCUCAUGAGGCUGCUGAAGGAUGAAGAGCAGAAACAGGCAACGGGGAGUUCGCCCCACUCAUCUCCCAGCCACAGUGCCAGCUGCACCAUGCCUAUGCCCAUCCGCUCCACCUCAGCCGGCUCGACCCCCACACACACGCCCCAGGACUGCCUGGCAGGGGUCGGAGAUGACGUGCUGGAUGCCUUCUCUCAGGGUGUACCAAGAAAUCUCCGUAAUGAUCUUUUAGUGGCUGCAGACUCCAUCACAAACACUAUGUCGUCACUUGUGAAAGAACUUCACUCAGUGGAUGACGGUUUGGAGGAAGAAGAGUGUAACAUGCGAAAUGGAAGAGAGAAGGCUGAGUCAGAGUAAAAGAAUAUAGAAUAUUUCAUUGUCAUCGCUGAAGCAUUCUGGGAAAAGGCACUUCACCCCUUCAUUCUAAGCCCCAGGAAACAACCAGCGGCAUUAAAAGCUCUCUGGCAUUCGAACAUAGACAAAUGCAUGCUCUUCCCCAACUGGGUUUCACUGUGUGAAACAAACUCUUCAUCACACCUUGCAUAGAGCAAGUUGUAUUUAUUAGAAAGUAUAUAAAUAUAAAUAUAUAUAUAAAUCUAGCUCUAUGUCGAUCUGUAUAAAUCCAUUGUUAUCAAAUUACCCAUGAGAAUGGCUUGUUUGUGCUUUCUUAAAAAACCUUUAUGACUUUGUGAUUACUACUCUCUGAAACGAACGCACUGUGCAUCUUCAUGACGUCACUCAAAUGGAUCUAUGCUGUAGCUAUUUUUCCAGAUGUUCCCCACACAGGAAGCUUUUUUGUAAAACUGGUGAUGAUUUUUUUGUGUUUUAAUGCAUGGAGUGGCUCUACUGGAUAGAUGGAGAUGGCUUGUGUUUGCUCUGCAUGUGACAUUUAUUCUGACCGACUCGAGUGAUGCCUGCUCCGUCGCUCCUUGUAGUCUUCUGAACAUCAAUCUGCUGCUUCACACGCAUCCGAACCACCAUAUAUCAGGGACGUCUCGUAGAGCUCGCUGUUUGUCUGGGAUUUCCGCUACUGUGUUAAGUUUAGCCUGUCGUUGUGGCCGUUGUUUCAGCGCUUCGGUAUUGCCUCUUAGUUUGGAAUAUCGCACAUGUAUCUCUCUGUAUUUUUGGAGCGCAUAAACGGACUUUAAUGGAAUACGGAUGUAUGUUCCGUACAUCCAUAAACCAGCUUAGCCAGCCAUCUUUGAGUGCACACGUCUCUGUAAACGUUACUUCAAAAGCUUUAUUGAGUUCAGUUAUUGAGUGUACUCGUGUAAAAUAAAUGAAACCAGUGCUCAGGGACUGUUGAGAGAGGAACGUGGUAGCAACGCUUGUGAACAAAUGGCUGGAAUUUACUUUGACACCACAAAGGUCAAAUGUCAAAGAUUAGCACAGGUCAUAAAAUCUUUAUGGAGUGUGGAAAGCAUAAUCGUUGUAUGGAAACCCAUCUCAGCCACAUAAAAAAAAAAAGCUUUGGUAAUUCGUAAUUAUGACAUCAAAAUUUUAAAUGAUGACAUACUAAGUCAUAAUUAUAAGAUAAAAAGUCAAAACUAUGCAAUAAAUAGUCAAAAUUAUAACUAUUUUACAAAAUUAUAACAUAAUUAUAGUCAUAAUUAUGACAAAAAGUUGAAACUAUGAGGUUAGAAAAAAAGUUUAAAUUAUGAGUUAUAAUUGACAAUUCAACACUGAGAUAAAAAAAUCUUGUCAUUAAAUCAUGCCAUAAAAGCAUAAAAAAUUAUUCUAACAUAAAAAUUAUAACUGUUACAUAAGAAGAUUCAAAAGUUUGUCAUAAAAUUUGGAAGUAUGACAUACUAAGUCACAAAAGAUAAAGAUAAAAAAGAUUGAAUUCACAAUUGUCAAAAUUUGAAAUUAUAAUAUAUUAUAAUUAUGACAAGUCAAAACUGAGAUAAAAAAGCAUAAUUGUCAUAAAAGCAUAAAAAUUAUAAAGGCAAAAAAGCACAAAAAAAUCGGACAUUAAACACAACUAUGACAUAAAAAGUUCUAAGUCAUAAAAGAUUGAAAAAAAUCUGAAUUAUAACAAAAUGAACAUACCAAAUCAUAGUUAAGAGAUAAAAGUCAAAAUAAUUACAAAAAGUUAAAACUGAGAUAAAAUGGUCAAAAUUAUGACAUACUAAGUGAUAAAUAUAAAAUCACAAGUCGAAAGUAUGAGAUAAAAAUCCUUGUUAUGUGACUUGAAACUGACAAAGUCUAAAUUGAAAUAUUGUCAUAAUUAAGAGAUAAAUGUUACAGUUAUGACAGCCAAAAUUAUGAGAAAAAGAUAUUACUGACAAAUGUUUGAAUUUUUUUCUCAAAAUUUCAGCUUUUUGAAUUAUUUUGAAUUAUCUCAUAAUUAUGACUUUAUUUAUUUUGGCUUUUAAUGUUAUAAUUAUGAUUAACAAAAGCAUAUUUUUUCUUUCUUAUGUGACAGAAAUGGCUUCCAUGGUGUGUUAGGAAGAAGACAUGCUUUAUGCUCGUGAGGAAGAGAGUUUGACUUACUGUACUUGAAUCAGAAGGAAUUCAGGUUCAAUAAUUACAUUAACCUAAUUAUUAUAAGUAUGUAAUUGUGUUAUACUUGUGAUUUGUUCUUCGUUAGUUUGGUUUCAAAUAAGAAAUAAUUACCACUAUUUAAAAAAAGAAAAAAAAAGUUUUGUUAAUGACUGCUAACAUUUGAAUGUUAAAUUAGAUAAAUCCAUUGAGCAACAGCUUAAAGUGAGUUUUGGUGUGGAAUAUUAAGAUUCUUUGACAUUUAUGAGGGUCAUUAGAUGAAAUGAUUCAUUCACUGUUUAUUACUUUUCUAAAAUGCUCGUAAUUCUGUAUAAGGGAUUCUUUUAAAUGGCUAAUAUGAACAGUGAGGUCUCACUUACACUGGAAGAAGUGUCGCUUUUGUUAUAGUGAGUGCAAUCAUAUAUAUUUGCGUUUUGAAAUCAGAUUUUAAAUAUCAUAAUGCUUGCUCUGUGUUUCAAAGAAAGGAAUAUGCAGUGUCGUCGGGAAUUUAUUGUUAUUGUUUAAGCUUUGACGAGAACGUUCGAAAUACUCUCAGAGGGCAAUUUUGAAACUUUGAUUAUGUUCCAACAUUUGCUACAAAUAUGAAUGCAAUCUUCUGAUGUAGGUGUGUGCCUAGAUGUACUAUAUAAAGUGUUGUAUAAAAUAAAACAUUCUGCAUAUGUGCAAGUCAGCCUUUAGAUAGGAGUUUUAUUAUGUGACUUAGUCGGAAUGCAGUCAUUAUUUAUCUGUGAUCUUUGAAAAAAUAUAUAUAUUGUUCUGCCUUUAAAAGUUGUGCCAAACUGUUUGCCAACCUGUAGUGCGUCCUUUAGGUAUUUGUUUUGUGUAUUUGUGCGUGUUAAAACACAAUUUAUUGAUUAUGAAUUUACCGAAGCAGUCCACCGAGAGGGUAACUAAUAACAGGAUGCUUUAGAUGGUUGAAACGCAAUACAGUUUAGGCGGAAGGAACCCUGCUUGAAAUCAAUUGCAAGCAUCAUUGCGAAUUUAUAUGUUACAGAUGGGCCUCCGACGGAGGACCCUCAUAUGUUAUCAAAGUUAGACGAAACAUAGUUCAAAAACAAAAUUCGCAACAUCAGGUUUUCAUUUCUUUGGCAAAACGUUAUUUUAUUGUGUUUUAAAAUUCCAAACUGUCAGUUGAAGCUACAAACACUGUUUUAUUAUUUCAUUUGGUGGUUUUGCUGCUGUAUACAAUCUUUGAUUGCACUGGUUUACGUCCAUAUUUGUGUUAACGUCACCCCUAUGUCUUUUUGUAUACUAUUAAAGUGUAAAAUAUAUGAAAAAAAAAAAACUUGUGUGUGUCCACAGAAUAAGAUAUCAUAGUUUCAUCAAGGGGAUCCUGUGAUGGCAGGGCCACCCAUAAAAAUGUAAAUGUGAAUUUAAGCAAGCGCCCUGAUUGAGUUACAAAAUCAGCGUAUGAGUUAUUUUCCCGUUAUGCCGUGGACAACCAUGAAAACUGUACCUUUCCUAACUCCUUAAUCUCAUGUCAUUCCAAGUCAACAUGACUUGCUGUGUUUAUAGUGCACUUGUCACUUGUAUAGUGUGCAAAAAAGAUGCAAUUAAAGCAGUUUUUAACCCAAUAUGAAAAAAUGACAAACAUAAGACAUUUUAAAGGGACAGCCGCACACAAAAAUGAAAAUUCUGUCAUCAUUUACUCACUUUCAAGUUGUUCCAAACCUGAAUGAGUUUCUUUCUUCUGUUGGACACAAAAAAAUUAUAUUUUUAAAAAUGUUUUAACCAAACAGUUGACAGCAGCCAUUGACUUCCAUGGCAAUGACUACUUUUAUUUAUUUUUAAGAAAUAAAUUAAUAUAGGUCUGAAAUAACUUGAGAGUGAGUAAAUGAUGACAGGAAUUACAUUUUUGGGUGAACUAUCCGUUAAACUCUCAUGUUUGCCAUGUUUUCAUAUUGGGUGAACUAUAUGUCAUCUAGUAUGGUUGAGUUCACUCAGGUUUACUGAAAAUAAACGUCCUGAAAUUUCAA